GGGAUUACGAGCGGCAACAAGAAGGUAAAGGGAUUAGAACGAAAACACAGCCUGCUUUUUUAACCUCGUCACUGUUGGCACCCUGGCAGCGCAAAGGAAAAACCCCAGACCCAAACUUCUCGGACUGCCCUUCCUCCUCCCUCACUCCCGUCCAUGCAGCCGCACCAGGAGCCGCUCUGGGGAACAAACGCAGGAGCAGAGCAGUCUGCCUGAUGGGAAACGCCACCGCCUCCUGAUGGACUUGGCAUCAAGAGAUUCUGGAUUUUUCUGUUGUUUGGCACCUUUUCCUCACACAUGAGCACUUUGGAAGCGAUAGAGACAUAAUCCCGCCCAUCAUGCUUUUACAGUCAGGAGUAUUUCUCACCUUGUGUCUGUUUACUCUUCAGGCGAGUCGAAUCAAAGAACUGAAUGACAUAAACCUUUCCGGGCUCAGAGACGUGAAGUACCGGCAUUUUCUGGAAGCUUCCCAACCCAUCAGGCAUGCGACCAACGUCCGAUCCGAGCAGGACGGACAGCGGGUGAAGAGGUCCGCCGUCCACACCACAGGCGUCAAAGUGUGUCCCCAGGAGACGAUGAAAACCGUCGUUGGCAGCCACCGGGCCUACUACAAACUCAGAGUUUGUCAGGAAGCGAUCUGGGAAGCGUUCCGGAUCUUCCUGGACCGAGUCCCGGCCCCGGAGGAGUACCGGACCUGGGUGUUCACCUGCCAGCAUCAGAACCUGUGCAUGGACGAUCUGGCCCAGAACUUCAGCAGCUCUCAGGAGCAUCUGGACCUGGUGGCCAGAAGAGUAGAAGAGGCUGAAAGUGAAGGGUUUGUUGCAGCUAAAGAAGAGCCAAGCAGUGAAUGCACUUGGACUCCUUCUCCCAUUCUGCUCCCAGCAGAAACAGACGAGGUUAAAGACCCGGUUAAGGAGAACUACGAGGAAUACAUUGUUGAGUUCAGCAUCACCGUGUCUGACCCGACAUACAGCGAAAUGCUUAGCAACCCCGCAGCGCCGCAUUACAACGGCGUCACCAGAGAGCUCAGAGACAAGAUGGUUCAUGUGUUUGAAAAAGUUCCAGGAUUCAAAGAAAUACGUGUUCUUGGAUUUCGCUCAGAGGAUCUCUCUGUGCGCUACGCGGUGGUCUUUAACGGGGAAACGGAGCUAAACGGCGACUUUGACAGUCUGGAUCUGGAAGAGGGAAAAGAGACAAACGAAAACGCGAAGGCCCCGAAACUGAAGCGCAUCAUCGUUACGGCCUUGAAGCAGGAACCGAUGCUGCUGCUGGACAUUCAGACGCUCAGCUUCGAGGCUGUGACCACGGUUUAUCCGGCUGUGGACGCCAUGUCCACACAGGAACCAGAAGAUGCCAGCCCACCCACCCAAAGUUUAUUCCCCACUGUGGGAGUUUUGGAAAACAAGCUGAGGGAUUCAGCGACCGUCAGACCAAAAACAAACACCUUUGUGCCUUUUAUCCCCACCAUCCUCCCAAAGACCAGCUCUAGCUUUACUGAUGGGACUCCUUCAAUGGCAGCUGCAGAAGAAAACCCCACAGAGGAGGAAGAGGAGGGAGUGGAGGAAGAGGAGGCUCCACCGGGUGAUGGAGGUGAAGAUGGAGAUCCGGAGCUGGUGGGACGUUCGAGCUCCAGGCCUGAAGGAGAUCAAACUGCUGAGCUGAACCUGGAUCCACCCACAGCUCCCGCUGACCCGGUUUCCACCCGAUCAUCUGGUGAGGACGCCGUCCAGGGCAGCGAACCUGGAGCAGACGUGAAGCCUGUACCGUCCCCUGAGGACGGAGGGGAGGGUCGAUCAGUCACCCAAACCGCUCCUGGAGAUUAUUCACACACCGCAGACGGAGUGACAGAGCAACAGGAAGAGGAGAGCGGGAGCGGCUUCGCGUCAGAAUCUGAUGAAGGUCCGUACGGAUCCACAGCCGCGCCGGCGAUGAGACAGGCCAGCACACCUGUGAUGACGGCUGUGGAGAAGAGCAAAGAGUUGGUGGUUUUCUUUAGCUUGAGGGUCACUAACAUGAUGUUUAUUGACGACCUGUUCAACAAGAGCUCCCCAGAGUAUAAGUCACUGGAGAAUACCUUCCUGGAACUGACUCAGCACUUUGGGUCCAGAAACCAGCCAAACCCUGGAGCUUCCAGUAAAUCUGGGCUGGGGAGACAGACGACGUUAGCAUCCAUACCGCUUCUGCCAUAUUUACAGUCCAAUCUGACUGGAUUCAAGCAGCUGGAGAUUCUCAACUUCAGGAACGGGAGUGUUGUGGUAAACAGCAGGAUGAAACUGGACAAGCCGGUGCCGAACAACGUCACGGAAGCCGUGCGCUGUGUGCUGGAGGACCUGUGCAGCGCCGCGUCUAAUCGGCUUGACAUCGAGAUUGACAGUCGCUCUUUGGAGGUUGAACCAGCUGACCAAGCAGAUCCGUGUAAGUUCCUGGCCUGCAACGAGUUUUCUCGCUGCGUGGUGAACAGCUGGAGCGGCGAGGCCGAGUGCCUGUGUGACCCCGGCUACAGCGCGGUGGACGGCUGGCCCUGCCGCGACGCCUGCUCCCUGCAGCCGGACUACUGCCUGAACGGAGGCGCGUGUGAGAUAAUCCCCGGCCACGGAGUCACCUGCAGAUGCCCUGCAGGUAAACACUGGCACUACCACGGCGCGCGCUGCAGCGAGCUGGUGUCGGUGCCUCUGGACCCGGCUCUGAUUACAACCUGCCUCCUGGGGAGCCUCUGCCUGGUUUGCGCUGUCAUCGGCGUUUUAAUAUUCAUCAACAAGAAGUGCAUAAGGACCAGGAAGGCCGUGGCUCUGGUGCACACCCAUGCACCGUAUGCCUUUGAGAACACUUUGAGGGAGAACCCGGUUUUUGAGAAUGAUGACGGUGUCUUAACUCAUGUUUCCACUCUGCCGUGUCCCUCAAGCUCUGCCUCUUCGCAGUCUGAGCAGGAACAUUUUGCCUCGGUUGAAAAUAUACGCCUGAGUAUCGAGAUCCCCAGACAACUCUACACAACAAGAUCAGAGAAGUUAGUGUCAGACAUGGUGGGUUUCCAUCACAGUUUGCCACGCAGCGAGGUAAGACUGGCACAAACGGCUUUGCUCAAAUCUGCAGGUUAUUUUUUAUUAAAGUGCCUUGUGAAGGUUUUCAGCUGGGAUUCCAUUACUAAACAUCAGUAUUCCACUAAUAUCCACAAAACACAAUUUCUCAAUUGUGUUGUUGUCAUUAAACACAAAACUAGGAUUUUUUUUUGGCUGGACGGUUGACAUUAGGGUUGAACUUUGACCUGCAGCUGUAACUGCAGGUAAACUUGUUUCUCCAGAUUAUUGUCUCAUGUGGACUGAAUACAUGUAAUAUUUAUCAAGUUUUAAAUGUUUUAUUUAGAAAUAAGUAAUGUAGCUUUUUUUACUUCUGCUUCGCACGUAUGUAUUUACUCUGUUGGUUCAAACAUGUUUUUUUGUAAUUUGCCAUGUUACUGAAAUGAAUGUGAUGAAAUAAUUUAAAACUUGCAUCAUUUUGCUAAAGUAUAAAUGACUUGACGAAAUAUUUUCCAGCUGUUUGACGCCUGAAAAGGUAAAAGUCCAUCAAAACUAUCAGUGAUAAUUUUACUCACCAACCAGAAUCACUGCAGCGUUUUUCUGAUCAAAGUUUUCCCUUAAAGCUGCAGUAACCUUUUUUUAAAAUACUUUGUUUUCGUCUCCAUGUCGUGACGGUUUGGUUUGAGGUGGAUAAUCUGUGAAAGAAUCGAGUUCCUCUGCCUUCUCCCAGUGUUAACUAGAAACAACCAAUCAGAGCCAGGAGGCGGGCCUUAGCGCUGUCAGUCACUUAAAUCAUCAUUGCUCCAGCUAGUCUGUCACAAAUGCUAAGGCUAGUUAGCAUUGUUACCAACGACAGUUUUACUUUAAUGAUAAGUUGUUUUUUCCUCAUUAGCAUAUUUACUAGCAAGUACAUGAGGAUGAUCUACAGCGCUAAGACCCGCCUCCUGGCUCUGAUUGGUUACUUUUGGUCGGGAGUGAUGCAUUUCUCCAGAUAGGAUUAGCAGCUCAGGAAGCAGGUGGAGGAGAUCGAUCUUUUCACAGACUGUCUCAAACUGUCACUAUAUGGUGACAGAUUGAACAAAUAUGUAAAAAACUGAUUUUGAAAAAAAAGAACAAAGUUACCUGCUGCAGUUUUAACAACACAAAAAUAAUCCUAACAACUGUCACACAAUGGAAAACAUUUUCCAAAUGAAGAGCUUGUGAUUCCAAGCUUUUGUAAUUUCUUUGUGAAAAUCUUCGUCUCCCACAUGAACGGCGAUGAUGACAGAGCUUUUCUCCUCCGGGGACAAACUGACUCUUUGCAUCUGGUUUCCUCCAGACGUGGCGACUGUCCAGUGAGUACGGGAGGUGCUGCCUGCUCCGGGCGCCAGACAGCGACUGUUUCGAAGUCACGGUUCUCUGAUAACACCUGA